AUGCAGCCUAUUUGCUGCACAAACUGUGCCCGGUGUGUGCCCAAGGACAAGGCCAUUAAGAAAUUCGUCAUCAGAAACAUCAUAGAGGCCUCAGCAGUCAAGGACAUUUCUAAAGUGAGCAUCUUCAAUGCCUACGUGCUUUCCAAGCUGUGUGUGAAGCGACAUGACUGUGCGAGUUGUGCAGUUCACAGCAAAGUAGUCAGGAAUUGGUCUCAUGAAACCCACAAGGACCAAACGCCCCCACCCUGA